UGUUACUGCUGUGAGAAGCUCCUCGACGAGCAGCAUCACCUAACGCAAGCAUGGCGACCCGGACGAUGCAAGCAGCCCGAUGCCCGACAGAUGAGCUGUCACUGACGAACUGUGCUGUAGUGAAUGAGAGAGACCUGCAGUCUGGACAGCAUGUGAGUGUGAGGACAACACCUCCCCACAAGUUUGUGUUCACAGUGAAGUGCCACCACUCUGUGAUUCCUGGAACCAUCGCUUUCAGUUUGCCACAGAGAAAAUGGGCAGGCCUGUCCAUCGGACAAGAAAUAGAGGUGACCAACUACAACUUUGACAAAUCCAAGCAGUGUAUUGGUGCCAUGACCAUCGAGAUUGACUUUCUGCAAAAAAAGAGCACUGACUCCAGUCCCUACGACUCUGAUAAAAUGGCUGCAGAAUAUAUCCAGAAUUUCAACAAUCAAAGUUUCUCUGUAGGACAACAGCUGGUCUUCAGUUUCUGUGACAAGCUCUUUGGGUUGGUUAUAAAGGACAUUGAGGCUAUGGACUCCAGCAUACUGAAGGGAGAACCAGCAUCUGGGAAGAAGCAAAAGAUUGAGAUUGGACUGUUGGUUGGAAACAGUCAAGUGAUCUUUGAAAAGUCAGAGAGCUCGUCCCUUACCCUAGUUGGUAAGGCCAAGACCAAAGAAGCCCGUCAGACCAUCAUUAACCCUGACUGGAACUUUGAGAAAAUGGGCAUUGGUGGUCUAGACAAGGAGUUCUCUGACAUCUUCCGUAGGGCCUUCGCCUCUCGAGUCUUUCCUCCAGACAUUGUGGAGCAGAUGGGUUGUAAGCAUGUGAAAGGCAUCCUGCUCUUUGGUCCUCCUGGUUGUGGUAAAACACUGAUGGCCAGGCAGAUCGGUAAGAUGCUGAAUGCCAGAGAGCCAAAGAUAGUCAACGGUCCAGAGAUCCUUAACAAAUACGUGGGUGAAUCUGAGGCAAACAUCAGAAAACUGUUUGCAGAUGCUGAGGAGGAACAGAAAAGGUUGGGCGCUAACAGUGGCCUACACAUUAUCAUCUUUGAUGAAUUGGACGCUAUCUGUAAGCAGCGUGGUACAGGUGCAAGCAGCACAGGUGUGCACGACACAGUGGUCAACCAGCUUCUGUCAAAGAUAGAUGGAGUGGAGCAGCUCAACAACAUCCUUGUUAUAGGCAUGACUAACAGACCUGACCUGAUAGAUGAAGCUUUGAUGAGACCUGGCAGAUUUGAAGUGAAGAUGGAGAUUGGUUUGCCGGAUGAGAAGGGCCGUGUUCAGAUCCUGAACAUUCACACAUCUAAGAUGCGAGAGUUUAAUCUCCUGGCUUCUGAUGUGGAUGUUAAAGAACUGGCUGCUGAGACCAAGAACUACAGUGGAGCUGAACUGGAGGGCCUGGUUCGAGCCGCCCAGUCUACUGCUAUGAACCGCCACAUUAAGGCUACAUCUACUGUAGAGGUGGACAUGGAGAGAGCAGAGAAGCUACAGGUCACUCGUACAGAUUUCAUGGCAUCCUUGAAUAACGACAUUAAACCUGCUUUUGGUACCAACCAGGAAGACUAUUCCAGUUUCAUCAUGAACGGCAUAAUUAAGUGGGGGGAUCCAGUCACCAGAGUGUUGGAAGACGGAGAGCUGCUGGUACAGCAGACUAAGAACAGUGAUCGCACUCCACUAGUGUCUAUGCUUCUUGAGGGACCUCCUCACAGUGGAAAGACAGCUCUGGCUGCAAAGAUCUCAGAGGACUCGCAGUUCCCCUUCAUUAAGAUCUGCUCUCCUGACAAGAUGAUUGGCUUCUCGGAGAUCUCCAAAUGCCAGGCCAUCAAGAAGAUCUUUGAUGAUGCCUACAAGUCUCAGCUAAGCUGUAUUGUAGUUGAUGAUAUUGAGCGUCUAUUAGAUUAUGUGCCUAUUGGUCCUCGCUUCUCAAAUCUGGUCCUCCAGGCCCUGCUGGUCUUAUUGAAGAAAACUCCACCUCAUGGACGUAAGCUGCUGAUCAUCGGCACCACCAGCCGUAAAGAUGUGCUGCAGGAGAUGGAGAUGCUGGAUGUGUUCAGCACCACCAUCCAUGUGCAAAAUAUCUCCAGUGGGGAACACCUGGUUGAAGCUCUUGAGCUACUGGGCAGCUUUACAGAUGCUGAGAGAACCACUAUAGCCCAGCAUGUGAAGGGAAAAAGAGUGUGGAUUGGCAUUAAAAAGCUUCUCAUGCUUAUUGAGAUGUCCCUGCAGAUGGAUCAGGCGUACAGAGUCAGCAAGUUCCUCUCUCUACUCAAAGAUGAGGGAGCGGAUCGUCGUUUCUUGGAGUAACAGAAGACAUCUGAAAUCUGAUGCCCUCUGCAUGUUCUCUUGGCUACAAACUCAGCCCAAACACAUCCUCACAAUAGCCUACUGAAAACCUUGGUCGUCAGAACCAUCCCGUGGUCUCCACCAAUAUCAAAUAUCAUCUUGUGCGUUGUGUAAUAUUUCUGUACACGGUUUGUUUAACCCUUGUGCAUCAAUUAAAAAAAGUUACACAUAGGUUCAUUAUGGACAAAAAUGGCCAUGUCCAAAAACUGUCAUAAAAAUAUUAUAGAUUUAUAUUUUUUUCCACUUUCACUGACAUAAUUUUUUUAACCAACAUCAGCUGUAAUCAUAAUGACCAAACAUUCAUUCAUUUUUAGAAUUUUAACCCUUUAAACGCUGGUUUGUUUACAUAAUGCCACUGUUGUUUUUUUUUUAGGAAAAAAUUUAAAAUAGUAAUUAUUUUCAAUUUAAUAGAUGCUAAGCAGAAUUUUUUUCCUUUGAUUAUUAGAGCCUUGGAUAUGUCAAUGAUUAACAACAACAUUCAUUUUGAUGCUUUCAUAUUUUUUAUGCAGUAUCAGAGCUAAAACAAAAAAGCUACCACUUAGGUCCAUAAUGUCAAAAAAGUGUAAUAAAAAUAUUAUAGAAUAAUAUUUUUUUCUACUUUCACUGACUUAUAUUUUAACCAGAAUCAGUUCUAAUCAUAGUUACCAAACAUUCAUUUAUUUUCAGAAUUUUAACACUUUAACAACAGCAUUCAUUUUGAUGCUUAUGCAGUAUCAGAUUUUAAAAAAAAGCUACCACUUAGGUCCAUAAUGGACAAAAAUGGCCAUGUCAAAAAAGUGUCAUAAAAAUAUUAUAAAAUAAUAUUUUUUUCUACUUUCAUUGACAUAUUUUAACCAGCAUCAGUUCUAAUCAUAAUUACCAAACAGUCAUUUAUUUUCAGAAUUUUAACACUUUAAACGCCGGUUUGUUUACAUAAUGCCACUGUUGUUUUUUAUAAAAAAUAUAAUAAUUAUAAUUAUUUUCAAUUUAAUAAAUGCUAAACAGAAUUUUUUUAUUUUUAUUAUUAGAGCCUCAGACACAUACAAACCACACUCUGAAAUCCAUACCAACACACUCACACAAUUAUAUAUUCAUAAUGUAUCUAAUUGGCUCUAUAAUAUGCAUAAGCCAAAAACAGCAGAAAACAACAACAAAAGCGAUGAUAUGCCAAACCUGAAAAAAUGGCACGAUCUGAUAAAAAAUAUUUAAAAUGUAAAUUUUGAAGCCUUGCCAACAUAAUGAAAGCAUGUUAAACAAGAUUGCAUAAUGUUAUAGUUAAAUGGCACAGGGAUUAAAAAUCGCAGUUUUAAUGGGUUUCAAUGUGCCAUUUUUGUCCAAAACGACGCUAAGAGGGAGUAUUUUGUGUAACUAGUGCAAAAAAUAUAUUUUUAAAGAAAAUAGGUUGAAAUAUUAAAAUUCCAAUAACAAUUCACACCUGUGGAAAAUGUUAUGCAGUUAGCAUUAACACAGACAAAGUUAUCAAAAAAACAAAACUGAAAAAGCCAAAAAUGUCCACAAGGAUGCACAAGGGUUAACUGAAUACUGCAUCUGUUUAAAUCUAAUUUAUCAAAAUCUACACAAAGCCAUGAAGAUGUAAAAAUAAUCUGAUAAAAUAUGUAUAUAUGCUGUUAUAUGCAGAACAUAUAUAGGGUAUCCAUAUCUUGCAACAUGUGAAAUAUAAAAGUAGGAUAUAUGAAAGUGUGUAUAUACAGUGAAGAUGAGCUGUGAUCUCCAUAGUGUGCAAAGCAGAACAAAAACCCUUUGUGAAUGUGUUGUGGUUACACAAGAAUAACAUAGAUCACAGUGCUAUAUUUAUAAUUUUGUACGUAAUUUUAGUAGAGUUCUCUGUAUUUUAGUUUGAACAUAUGGUGGUUAAGAUGUCAGCGCAAUGAGACCAUUCUUGAAUAUAUUAUGGUAGAUUGGUUCUACAGUGUAUUGUUAAUAUGCAGGUCAGCAUCAGAGUGUGAACGUGCUUGUGUGGGUGUAUUUAUCUGUGUAUUGUGUGUAGAUAUUGUUUGGAAAUUACUAUUUAUGAAUUUGUUGUUUUAUGUAUUUAUAUUUGCCUGCCCUGUAAUUCACUUGUAUUUUAGUUUUUUAUUUUGUUUCUGUGACCAGUGUUUGAUGUCCUGAGCUUUUGUUGGAGACAUAUGAUCAGAUGCAUAAUUGUGUUACUGCAAUAAAAAACAAAAACAAACAACAAAAAAGAAAAAGAAAACUGGCACUCAGA